GGCGGGAAUGUUGAUUGAAGCGCAAUUUCCUUCAAUAUUUUGGACUCCUUGUGUUGUGCACACAUUGAACCUUGCAUUAAAAAAUAUUUGUGCGGCUAAGAAUACCGAGGCCAAUGAAAUUACUUUUGAUGAAUGUAGUUGGAUUACUAUCAUAGCGGAGGAUGUAGCAUGCAUCAAGAAUUUUAUCUUGAAUCAUUCCAUGAGGUUGGCAAUAUUUAAUGAGUUUGUCAACUUGAAAAUGCUUGCGGUGGCCGAGACUCGAUUCGCUUCGGUAAUCAUCAUGCUAAGAAGAUUCAAGCAAAUCAAACGGGGUCUCCAAAAUAUGGUCAUUAGUGACAAAUGGGCUAGCUAUAGGGAGGAUGAUGUGGGGAAAGCACAAUUUGUAAAAGAUAGAAUUCUCAAUGACUUGUGGUGGGAUCAAAUUAACUAUAUUCUUUCUUUUACCGAACCUAUAUAUGAGAUGCUUCGGAUUGCCGAUACCGACAAGCCUUGCUUACAUUUAAUGUAUGAAACUUGGGACUCCAUGAUAGAAAAGGUGAAAGUUGCUAUAUAUAGGCGUGAAGGAAAGAAAGAAAAUGAGGAAUCAUCAUUUUAUUCCGUUGUGCACAAAAUUUUGAUUGACCGAUGGGCUAAAAGCAAUACUCCACUUCAUUGCUUGGCACAUUCUUUGAACCCUAGAUACUAUAGCUCAUCGUGGCUUAAUGAGGAUCCAAAUCGAGUUCCUCCGCAUAGGGAUUUGGAGAUAUCAAAGAUGAGAAACAAGUGCUUAAAAAGAUUUUUUCCAAAUAAUGAAGAAAGAAGAGUUGUAAAUGAGGAGUUUGCAAAUUUUUCUACUGCCGGAGAGGGAUUUGAUGAGCACGACUCUAUUGAAGAUAGGGGAGUUCUUGACCCAAAGAAGUGGUGGGUCAUCCAUGGUGCGGCAGCAUCUAUGCUCCAAAAUUUAGCCCUAAAGUUACUUGGCCAACCUUGCUCCUCUUCAUGUUGCAAGCGGAAUUGGAGUACCUACUCAUUCAUUCACUCCAUAAAGAGGAAUAAGAUUACGCCACAACGAGCCGAAGAUUUAGUAUAUGUACAUACUAAUCUUCGCCUUUUAUCAAGGAGGGCUCCAGAAUAUAUAAAAGGAGAGACCAAGAUGUGGGAUGUUGGAGGAGAUUCUUUCGACACAUUUGAUAGUGUUGGUCUUCUUGAAAUUGCAAAUCUUUCACUUGAUGAGCCGGAUUUGGAGAGUGUGGUAUUUAUUGAUGAUUCAAAUGAGAAUGAAACUGAACCAAAUUGAAGUCUUUUGAUGAAAACCCUCUCCUUUUCCUUUUGUUGUUUUGGGUGUGAACUAUGCAUGUAAGUCAUAAGAUGUAAAGAUGAAUAUCAUGAUGUUUUGUGGUCAGUGAAUGAUUGAAUGAAAAUACUAUAUUUGUUUUACUUUUACUCAUUUGUUUAUUUUUUAUAUUUCAAUACAUCAUGACAUAUUAUCAAUGUAAAUUUAUUAUACAUAUUAAAAUAAUAUUUUAUUUAAAUACUCCCAGCGUAUCGUAUCCUAGAGUUUUGGGACAAUGCCGUAUCGCCGUGUCCGUAUCGUGUCGUAUCCGUAUCCCCGUAUCCGUAUCCGUGCAACAUAGGUGCUGUGUAUAGAGCAUUAAAUUAGUACAUAGCAAGCGUAAGAAAAGAUUUCUCCUCUCUUGGAAUUAUGAUGCAUCCUAUUAAACAUCCGCUGCACAGUGUAUAUAUGUACAUACGCCACAUGCUUAAAAUAUUUUAAUAGAGUUUAUAAAAUUAAUCUUAUUAAAUAUAAUUUAAAUUAUUAGACUUUAUAGGUCAGAUAUAUUUAAUUAAAUUUUGAUAUUAAAGCAAUAGUCAUCUAAUAUAAGUUACGGUGCAUAGAGUAUUAAUAUACACUAGGUGCAUGUAAACUCCCAUCAAUUUUAACAAAAUAAAAACACUCUUGUCAAUUGGACUACUUGAUGACCU